AUGCUGAACGGGCUGGUGUUGGGGCUCUGCAGUGACAGUGUGGCCUCCUCCCAUGUCCCCACAGCCCCUAAGACGUGCUCCCAGGACGAGUUCCAGUGCCAUGAUGGCAAGUGCAUCUCACGGCAGUUUGUCUGCGACCUGGACCGGGACUGCCUGGAUGGCUCCGAUGAGGUCUCCUGCCCAGUAACCACCUGCGGCCCUGUCAGCUUCCAGUGUAACAGCUCCGUCUGCAUCCCUGAGCUGUGGGCCUGCGAUGGUGAACACGACUGCGAGGACGGCUCCGAUGAGUGGCCACAGAACUGCGGAGGCCGUGACACGUCUGCCACCCAAGGAGACAAUGGCCCCUGCUCUGCCCAUGAGUUCCACUGUGGCAGCGGCGAAUGCAUCCAUGCCAGUUGGCACUGCGACGGUGGCCCCGACUGCAAGGACAAGUCUGACGAGGAGGACUGUGUUGUGGCCACCUGCCGCCCUGAUGAAUUCCAGUGCUUAGAUGGGACGUGCAUCCACGGCAGCCGGCAGUGUGACCGGGAGUACGACUGCAACGACAUGAGUGAUGAGCUUGCCUGCAACAACGUGACACUGUGUGAGGGGCCCAACAAGUUCAAGUGCCACAGCGGCGAGUGCAUCACCCUGGACAAAGUGUGCAAUUCAGUCAGGGACUGCCGGGACUGGUCAGAUGAGCCCAUCAAGGAGUGCG